AUGUAUGAAUAUAUACAUAUUGAGAAUGAAAUGCCAAAGGGUGGACUUAUUGAUGAUAAAAUUGUUGAUACAGUUUUAAAUACAAAUAAAGAAGGGGAAAAUAUGAACGAAAUUGAAUUUAUACCUAUAUUGGAAAAA